UGUUGUGACAUUCCUGAUUUCAAAUGUCAGAGUCGGAAAAUUGGGAGGAUUGGACGUCUAAUAUUCAGUAUUUUUAAUAUUUUUUUAUUUCGUAUGUGUUUUUAUAUACGCUCUCGUUAUCCCCGUCAUUCGAAUUAUAAAGUCGGUGUUUUCAGAUGAAGUUAUGAAGUAGAAAAUCAUUACUUUAUUUAUUAGUUAGUGAACAAAAAUAUUAAAAGAAAUACUUGGAUAGGAGAGAUUAAGAUCAAAUCUCUUAGAUAGAUAAUGCCAGCCAAAAAUCCUUUCAAUAAAUUUUUGAAAAGUCUCACCAUAGACGGAGAAGAGUACAAGUAUUAUGAUAUUUCACAAUUGGGCUGCAAUUAUGAUCGUCUUCCAUAUUCAAUUAGGGUAUUACUGGAAUCAGCAGUUAGAAACUGUGACAACUUUCAAAUAAAAGAGCAGGAUGUUGAAAAUAUUUUGAAUUGGGAAGCUAAUCGAAGUUAUGAAGGUGCCAUUGAAAUUCCAUUCAAACCUUCCAGAGUUAUUUUACAGGAUUUUACUGGAGUUCCCGCCGUUGUUGAUUUUGCUGCAAUGAGAGACGCAGUAAAAACUUUAGGAGGUAAUCCCAAUAAAAUCAAUCCGAUAUGUCCAGUUGAUUUGGUCAUUGAUCAUUCCAUCCAAGUUGAUUUUGCAAGAUCACCCGAUGCACUGCGAAAAAACGAAGAUAUGGAGUUUGAAAGGAACAGGGAGAGAUUCACUUUUUUGAAGUGGGGAGCAAAGGCUUUUGACAACAUGUUGAUUAUACCACCAGGAAGUGGAAUCAUUCAUCAAGUCAAUUUGGAAUACCUUGCAAGGGUUGUUUUCACGGAUAAAGAUACAUCGAUAUUGUAUCCCGACACUGUAGUCGGCACUGAUUCACACACCACCAUGAUAAAUGGAUUGGGAAUUUUGGGUUGGGGUGUUGGGGGAAUUGAAUCAGAGGCAGUGAUGUUAGGACAAUCUAUCAGCAUGUUAUUGCCCCAAGUUGUAGGUUAUAGAUUAUAUGGAAAGAUGAACGAAUAUGUUACAUCUACGGACUUGGUACUUACAAUCACGAAGAAUCUGCGUCAGUUGGGUGUAGUAGGAAAAUUCGUUGAAUUUUAUGGACCUGGUGUAACAGCUUUGUCAAUUGCUGACAGGGCAACUAUUGCCAAUAUGUGUCCUGAAUAUGGAGCUACCGUUGGAUUUUUUCCUGUGGAUAGUAAUUCAAUAGCAUAUUUGAGGCAGACAAAUCGAUCAGAGAAACAAAUAAAAAUCAUAGAAGAAUAUUUGAAAGCCACGAAACAAUUACGCAACUAUUCUUCAGAAUUACCAGAACCUGUAUUUAGUCAGAAUGUCGGCCUUGAUUUAGCGACGGUAGUGUCAUCUGUCAGCGGACCGAAACGGCCUAAUGACAGAGUAUCCGUAUCCAACAUGAAGGAAGAUUUUCUCAACUGUCUCACGAAUAAGAUUGGUUUCAAAGGAUUUGGCAUACCCCAAACUCAGCUGAAUACCGUCGCUAAAUUCAUGUACGAUGGAAAACAAUAUCAACUGAGGCAUGGUAGUGUCAUUAUAGCUGCUAUCACUUCUUGCACAAAUACUAGUAACCCUAGUGUAAUGCUUGGUGCUGGUCUCUUAGCCAAAAAUGCAAUAGCUGCCGGUCUCAGCGUUUUGCCGUACAUUAAAACCAGUUUGUCGCCAGGAUCAGGGAUUGUUACUUACUAUUUGAGAGAAUCAGGGGUUAUUCCUCCUUUGGAACAGCUCGGGUUCAACAUUGUAGGCUAUGGUUGCAUGACUUGUAUUGGCAAUAGUGGAGGAAUCGAUGAAAAUAUCGUGUGUGCCAUUGAAGAAAAUGACUUGAUUUGCUGCGGUGUUCUUUCCGGAAAUAGGAAUUUCGAAGGGCGUAUACAUCCCAACACACGCGCCAACUAUUUAGCGAGCCCCCUGUUGGUUAUAGCGUACGCGAUAGCUGGUAGAGUUGAUAUUGACUUCCAGACAGAACCUUUGGGGGAAAAGAAGGAUGGAUCGCCGAUAUUUUUGAGAGAUAUUUGGCCGACGAGAAAAGAAAUACAGGCAGUCGAACAACAGUACGUGAUUCCAGCCAUGUUCAAAGAAGUAUAUGAAAAGAUCGAAUCGGGAUCACCAAAAUGGCAACAACUCAAGGCUCCGAUUGGUCAACUCUAUCCAUGGUCAAGGUUGUCUACUUAUAUAAAGAAACCACCCUUUUUUGAUGGAAUGACCAAAGAUGUAACUGCAGCAAGGUCAUUGGUUAAUGCCAGAGUACUUUUGAUGCUUGGUGAUUCUGUAACAACAGAUCACAUCAGUCCUGCUGGAUCCAUUGGAAGAACAAGCCCAGCAGCACGGUAUUUGGCACAAAGAGGAUUAACGCCAAAGGAAUUUAAUUCUUAUGGAUCACGAAGAGGUAAUGAUGAUGUGAUGGCUAGAGGAACAUUUGCUAAUAUCAGAUUGGUCAACAAAUUCUUGAAUAAAGCAGGUCCUAGAACACUCUAUCUGCCCACGAAUGAAGAGAUGGACAUUUUUGACUGUGCCCAACGAUACAAAGCUAAUGAAACGCCCAUUCUGAUCAUUGCUGGUAAAGAUUACGGAUCAGGUUCAAGCCGAGAUUGGGCUGCGAAAGGGCCUUUUUUGUUGGGCGUUAAAGCUGUUAUUGCUGAAUCAUUCGAACGAAUUCAUCGUUCCAACCUCGUUGGAAUGGGUAUUAUCCCUCUCCAAUUUCUUCCUGGCCAAGGAGCCGAAACAAUUGGGUUAACGGGAAAAGAAUUGUUCACUGUCAACUUACCAUUUGAUAUUGAGUACGGACAACACAUCAAAGUGAACACUGACUCUGGAAAGGAGUUUGAAGUGAUUUUGAGGUUUGAUUCGGAAGAAGAUUUAUUGUUUUAUAGGCAUGGUGGUAUUUUGAAUUAUAUGAUCAGAAAAAUGCUGAAUUGAGGAAGAUGAAUUUUAUUAUAUUUGUUGUUUUAUAUCUAUAAUUUUAUUGGUUGGUGAUAGAUCUAUAAAGUUUACCAAAAACA